AUGACAGUCCACUGUGGCUGCUAUGUCUACAUUGAUAAUGUCAUCAAAUACUUGCCCCAGGUCUCCCUCAAAGCCCAUGCAACCAUCUUCUCCACCGCAGCUCGUACCACAUUGACACAGACCUUUGUCAACCCCUCAGACUGUAUCUUGAAAGAAGCUUCCUACAGAUUUCCUCUCUACGAUGGCGUCAGUGUUGUUGGCUUCCAAUGUCAUGUCGGCCCUCGCCUUCUCCACAGCAAGGUCAAGUCCAAGGAACAGGCUAACACCGACUACGAAAAUGCUAUCGAGAGGAAAGAGUCCGCUGCCAUCAUGGAUCAAUCUGACACUGAAAGCGAUGUCUUUACCAUUCGUCUGGGAAAUGUUCCAGUAAAUGAAACUGUGAUUGUGGAAAUUACAUUCAUUGGGGAACUCAAGCAGGAUGCACAAAUGGAUGGAGUUCGUUACACAUUGCCUAACUCCAUCGCUCCUCGGUAUCAGAAUGUGAUGACCCCGCCACAAACGCAGGCCCCUGGCUUUACUGCUCAACUGGAAGGAAUUUCCAUCACAGCUGAUAUCCAUCUGGAAAAGGCAUCGGUCAUUAGAGAACUUCAGUCCCCAAGUCAUUCCCCCAAGGUAUCUCUUGGCAGGGUGUCCUCUACUUCACCAGAUGCUCGUGGUUUCGAGCCAUCACAUGCCUCUGCUACGCUAACGCUGGGCAAGGAUAGCCAACCCCUCCUGGAGCGUGACUUUGUGCUUGUUGCCAAAGCUGACGGACUUGAUAACCCUCGCGCACUCCUCGAGUCGCACAAGACUAUUCCGGGUCAACGAGCCUUAAUGGCUACAUUGGUUCCUAAAUUCAGCUUGACACCCAUCAAACCAGAAAUCGUUUUCGUGAUCGAUCGAAGUGGAAGCAUGCACCAAAAGAUUGGCACUCUGAAGACUGCUCUCAAGGCUUUCUUGAAAUCUCUGCCACUUGGAGUGUGCUUCAAUAUUUGCUCGUUCGGAUCCAAUCAUUCCUUCCUAUGGCCCAGCAGCAAAAUUUAUGAUAAGUCAAGUCUCAAUCAUGCUCUUGCUCUUGUCAAUUCCAUCGGCUCUGAUAUGGGAGGUACUAAUAUGCUACCGGCCGUGGAGGCUACUGUUCAAAAUCGGCUUAAGGACAAGGACUUGGAAGUCCUACUACUUACAGACGGUCAGAUACACAACCAGCAAGAACUUUUCCAAUUUGUUCGUGAAAGUGCCAAGGAUCAUACCGCUCGUUUCUUUUCUCUGGGUAUCGGUAAUGAGGUAUCUCACGCCCUGAUCGAAGGAGUUGCCCGAGCGGGCCAGGGGUUCUCUCAGUCAGUGCUUGUAAAUGAAGAACUUGAUAGGGGUGUCAUCAGGAUGCUCAAGGGAGCUCUCACGCCUCAUAUCUACGACUACAAGCUUGAGGUUGACUAUGAUACCGCGGCGGAUCAAGAUUUUGAACUCGUCACUCCCGACGACGCCUCCAUGACAAACACUGAAGUCGAGGAUAACGAUGUCACUGAUGAGCCAGCUGCUCAGCCAAUUUCACUCUUCAGCGAUGAUUUCAAAGAGCCCGAGUCAACCCACGGCAUUGAAGGAGCUCCUGCCGAUCUGCCCAAGAUCUCCCCACCGACAACCAUUCAAGCCCCACACAACCUCCCCCCUCUCUACCCAUUCAUCAGGACGACUGCAUACCUACUCUUGGAUCCCAAAUCUGACAGAAUCCCGCGCUCUCUUAGAUUCAGUGCAACCUCCAAACAAGGACCCUUGUGCCUGCGAAUCCCCAUAACUGACAUCGGUCAGGGAGAAACAGUUCAUCAGCUUGCCUCUCGCAAAGCCGUUGUCGAAUUGGAAGAGCGACAUGGCUGGCUAGAGAAUAUUAAGGAUGAGAGUGGUAACCCAUUUAAAAAUCUACAUUCAGAAACACAGGAAAAGAUCGUCGCUCGUGAAUGUCAGAAUCUCGGUAUCAAGUACCAGAUCACGGGAAAAUACUGUUCCUUCGUUGCUCUGGAGAGCGACUCCGAUGAAGAAACUCAAACAUUGGAGAAUAAGAAGCCAAAGGAAUUUGACGCGGGACCAGCAACGCUACAACUACUGACAGCACGGAGACCUGCACACCCCCCUCCUCCACCAGGGUCCAGAGGUGGGGCUAUGUUUGGGCGAACCUACGUUCAAGCUAGUCGUUCAUCAUUUGGAUCGUCUCCGGCACAUCCAAUACUUCAAGUACCUCAAGCUCAGCGAGCAGCAGGUGGAUUAUUUAGAUCUCCUCCACCAAUGUCUGGACGAACGAACACUCAUGCUAGCAGUUCAUUGUUUGAAACUGCUCGACCGCCUCCACCAUGUCGACUGUCUCAAGAUGCGCAAGCAGCAGGUGAAUUGUUUGGAUCUCCUUCGCCAAUUUCUGGGCGAAUUAACGCUCAUUCUAAACGUUCAUUGCGCGUAUCUGCUCCACCACCUCCGCCAUCUCAAGCUGCGCGAGCAGCAGGUGGAAUUUUUGGAUCAUCUUCACCAGCCUACUCACUAAACAUAUCGCAACCUUUUGCGUCAUCCCAGUUGCCAAACGCUCACAAUGUUGUCUCUGGAGGAAGUCUCUUUGGGCGUUCGACGUCAUCUCCACCCGAAGCCCCGAAAUCAAAGGUUUAUUCGUUGAUUGAGCUGCAGACAUUUGAGGGAAGCUGGAUUUGGGAACAGCAGCUUUUUAAUAUCAUUGGGCAAGGAAUGGAGGAAAUUCGCAGCAAAGUCGCUGCUACGCUUCAGCAGUCUGGCAAACGUGACGUGUUGCAGGAACGUGAGGCGAAUGUUGUCGCUACUCUCAUGAUCAUGGGAUUGCUGAAGCGAGAGCAUCAGGAUUCCAAGGCUCUUUGGGAGCUUGUCUAUGAGAAAGCUGAGUCGUGGGUUCACAAUGAAGUUUUGGAAAUUCAAAGCGAGGUUGUUGAUACGCAGAGUAUAUCAACCUGGAUGUCCUUGCUCUAA